AUGAGUCCUCAGUCUCAGUUUCAGUACCAAACCAUCCUUCCCGCACCCGACACCUCGGGAGGCCCUGGCGGUCAAGACCCAGAUAAACGGGUUGGUAAGCGGAGACGUGCCAACAGGCCCAAUGCCUGUGAGAACUGCCGUGUCAAAAAAGCCCGUUGCGACGGAAAAAGACCCAGCUGUUCAAAGUGUGAGAGAUGGGGCACCACCUGUGUCUACAGCGUCGACCAUGUGUCCAACGUAGAAAGGGAGCUCAAGGAGCACCGUGAUGUUCUCGAGCUGCUGCUCUCCCUGCCUGAAGACCAAGCCCUCGCUGCUCAUCGCCAGUUGAGAGGCGCGAGUAACCUGGCCGAUGUCUUGUCUUCGCUGCAGGGCAGUAUGCAUGGGAGGCACCAGCCUUCUAUUAUACGGACUGCCCAGGCCAUAUCCCCGCCCACAUCAUCAAGUCUCGAGUUUGAGCUGACGGUGCGGCAUCGCAUGGCGUAUCCCACCCUGUUUCCCUUGGACCUUGCCUCUUUGAGCGCUGAUCCCCGGUUGAGACCUGUUCAGAGAUCGUCCCAGGGUCAGGGUCUUUUACUUGAAGGCUCAUCUCCGUCUGACACCACGUCACCUUCGACAUCAUCUAGUAAUAGCCACGCUACACCCAGCAAUAGUCAUGCUACACCCAGCACCCAGUCGGUUAAACAAGAGGAAGAGUCUGUCGGACCCCAUCGCGACACGUACUGUGACGACAGACUACACAGAUUGCGAAUCGGAUACUGGACCGGCGUAUCCAUCCAAGACCAAGUCGCUGCCAGUGCUAUUUCCCAUUACCUCCAAAGCAACCACACCAUUUUCGGCUUCUUCGACCCCAACCUUUUCAUACACGAUCUCGUCGAGCAUCGCCAUGACUACUGCUCCUCAUUUCUAGUGAAUGCCCUUCUGGCCCACGCCUGUCAAGGUUACUCGGUAGUUGACAAAACAGUCGGCGCCCUGAGUCAAGAUUUUGUAAGAGACGCUGGUGUUUUGUGGCGCGCUGAGAGAUCGACCGACUCGCUUGUCAAUGUAGCUGCCAUUCUCAUGCUAAGCGUCAGUUGCCAUCUGCAGAGAUCAGAUAUUGAUAGUCAGGAUCUUCUCGACGAUGGGCGCGUCAUGGCGGAGCGGAUGAAGCUCUUUGGCGUGCGGCAUACACCUGAAAAUGCAGCGUCGUUUGAAGCUAUGGAGCCUGAUGUGAAGCGUGCAACAGCCCACACAGCCUGGGGCGCAUACAGCUACCUCACACUCAACUCCUUCUGGGUCCCAACGAGACCCAUCACGUUCCCACCCAUGUUUCCCGUUCCUGGUAGAAAUGACCAAGAUAUGUUCGAUGAAAGGUUAGCAGUUCACUGGCCUCGACACUUCAUACCUGACUAUACAGGCAAAACGUUUCAAGCGCUGUGUGAGCUGUGGACUAUCAUGCAAGAGGUUGUGGCUGUUUACUUUGCGCAGCAUGGUGGGACCAUGAGGAUUCCUCUGGCUUUUGUCGAGGCAAAGUAUCAAAAGAUCUUGUCUUUUACUGACUCUCUGCCGCCAGAGAUGUCAUCUAUUAACCCAAGUCAGAUGUCUGACCAUGUGCUGGCGUUCAAGUAA